AGUCUCGCGAGAAGAGGCGGUUUCGUAGCGGAGCCCUCGGGCUGAGUGUCUGAGGAUCUACCGCCGGAUCCGCGGACGGUUUCCUGAGCCCGUUAGUGCCCCUGCCGAGACUCACGUCGCCGUCAUGUCCCGCUACCUGCGCCCCCCCAACACGUCUCUGUUCGUAAGGAACGUGGCCGACGACACCAGGUCUGAAGAUUUACGACGAGAAUUUGGUCGUUAUGGUCCUAUAGUUGAUGUGUAUGUUCCACUUGAUUUCUACACACGCCGUCCAAGAGGAUUUGCUUAUGUUCAAUAUCCUUUCUUCAGAUGGCUGAUUAGUGAGGGGUGUUGGAGUUUGAAAUUCAAGUUUAUGUAAGAGAGAAUGUAAAGCUGUACAGUUAUGGCGACCCCAAAGAGAAAGCAUGAAAGAACCUUUAGAGUAGAGUUCAACACUUAAGGCAAGUAGACAAGCCAAAGACCUCUUAAGGAUCAGGCUUGAAGAGAAGGGAGAGUUUGGGAAAAGAAAAAAUAAAGAAAAGCUGGAAGAAGGACAAGCCUAAUGGGAGACAAAGCCUCGCUUUAUCUACAAAAGGGGGAAAAGGUUGUUUUUCAAAGUUAAAGAUAAAGCCAUCUGUCAUAUUUGGCCAAGCAUCUCAUGACAAGUCCUUCUGACAAGCACUUAAAGAGUUAAAGGUCAAGAUGAAGUUGAAUGAUGGCCAAGAUUAAAGGAGUCAUACCUGAUGAUGUCCGUGAUGCUGAAGAUGCUUUACAUAAUUUGGACAGAAAAUGGAUUUGUGGACGCCAAAUUGAAAUACAGUUCGCACAGGGGGAUCGAAAGACUCCAAAUCAAAUGAAAGCCAAGGAAGGGAGGAAUGUGUACAGUUCUUCACGCUAUGAUGAUUAUGACAGAUACAGACGUUCUAGAAGCCGAAGUUAUGAAAGAAGAAGAUCAAGAAGCCGGUCCUUUGACUACAACUAUAGAAGAUCUUAUAGUCCUAGAAACAGUAGACCGGCUGGAAGACCACGGCGUAGCAGAAGCCAUUCCGACAAUGAUAGAUUCAAACACCGAAAUCGAUCUUUUUCAAGAUCUAAAUCCAAUUCAAGAUCACGGUCCAAGUCCCAGCCCAAGAAAGAAAUGAAGGCUAAAUCACGUUCUAGGUCUGCAUCUCACACCAAAACUAGAGGCACCUCUAAAACAGAUUCCAAAACACAUUAUAAGUCUGGCUCAAGAUAUGAAAAGGAAUCAAGGAAAAAAGAACCACCUAGAUCCAAAUCUCAGUCAAGAUCACAAUCUAGGUCUAGGUCAAAAUCUAGAUCAAGGUCUUGGACUAGUCCUAAGUCCAGUGGCCACUGAUAGUAAAAACCUUGAUAUUUUUAGGCAUGUAUCAUUCAUUUACUCAUAGUUUGGUUUACUUAAAUUAUCAGGAAUACAAUGUUGCAAUGAUGCUUAAAAAAACACUUGUCAGUUUUCCCUGUACCAGGCAAAUGGUUAUAAUUAAAAUGAUAUGCUGUUGAGAAGCCACUCUUAAGAGUCCAGUUUGUUUAAUGUUAUGGGCAGCUACCAAUUUGUGGUGUCUCUGUAUAUUUUUGUAAAGAUUCUCAUUUUUUAUGCUUGAAGUAUUGGUGAAAAGAUGUUGGUUGACCAUAAUUUGCAACAUUGUCUUAUUAAAAAAACUUUCAUAUCCAUAUUUGGUAGAACUGUUAACCUAGAAAUGUAGCUUGCUAAUAAGAUAGAAUGAUACAAAAGUGAAGUUGUAGUCACAGUACAACACUGAUCAGACACAUUUAGGUUCAGGGUGGACCUUUUUGUCUUGUUAAGAUGUCUAGGCCCAUGAUAAUAGUUCAUUUAAGACAGAGCGUGGAAUAGUUCUUUUGUUAACCCCGCUGUCUUGGGGAAUGAUGCCAACCGCUUUAAGUAGGAUUGGGGAAGAUUGAGUUUUUGACUGAAACGAGCCUUCACUACUUUUUUCUGGUUUCUUGAAGAUUUGGAACAUAAAAACAUCGGAAGAACUCACCUUAAAAUUUGAGCAGGUCAAUGAUGGCAGAAAUCAUUUUAAGGGGAAAAAUGCUCUCAUGUAGUUACUCUAAACUUUAAGGAGCAUUGCUGGUCAUAUUGCUUAGUUUUCUUACUGCUAUUAAAAAGCAGCAAGUAAAUUGUUUCAAAGUAGGUUUUGUUUAUGCAUAUGCAGAGUAUAAAAACUGAAUUUUGAUGCUUCUAGCACCUGCCCUGUGCAUUUGUAUCAAAAUUCGCCUACCACUUUAUGAAGGAGGCUUGUUCUUCACACCUCAGCUUAUUUCAUGUGAGGCCAGUUGAAAGAGAACACUCCCAUUCUAGGUGAUUCUAUGGUGCCAUGAAAUUUAAAAUAUAUUGGAAAAAGAAUUAAGAGUCACAUCUGAGUUUGAUUAUCAAUGUAGUACCUGGCAAUAAAUACCUGACUUUAAAAAAAAAAAAAAAACCUAACCAUUUAUAAUUUCUAGCAUUUCUCUGAGAGAUCGUUUGGGGGGCAAUAAAAGGGACAUGUCCAAUCUCAUUUCAGAAUAAAAGCUAGCAUCUUUUAAAAUUUUAGAUUGCUUGCUUGCAGGUAUAAGAAAGAUUGUGGGAAAACGAUUCCUUUUAGAGGAUUACUUUUUUUCAAUUUUGGUUUUAGUAAUAUAGGCCUUGCCUGUAAAAGAACAAAAGAUGGUUUUUAAAUACUGUUUGUGGAAUGUGUUUAAAGGAUUGAUUCUAGAACCUUUGUAUAUUUGAUAGUAUUUCUAACUUUCAUUUCUUUACUGUUUGCAGUUAAUGUUCAUGUUCUGCUAUGCAAUCAUUUAUAUGCACGUUUCUUUAAUUUUUUAGAUUUUCCUGGAUGUAUAGUUUAAACAACAAAAAGUCUAUUUAAAACUGUAGCAGUAGUUUGCAGUUCUAGCAAAGAGGAAAGUUGUGGGGUUAAACUUUGUAUUUUCUUUCUUAUAGAAGCUUCUAAAAAGGUAUUUUUAUAUGUUCUUUUUAACAAAUAUUGUGUACAACCUUUAAAACAUCAAUGUUUGGAUCAAAACAAGACCCAGCUUAUUUUCUGCUUGCUGUAAAUUAAGCAAACAUGCUAUAAUAAAAACAAAAUGAAGGAAAUAAUGAUUAACUGGAAUUAUUAUAGUUUUGAAUGAAAUUCUAAAAUAACAGUGGAAACAAUUCUGGUAGAUUUAGGAAUAUUUUUAAUCAGUGUUGCACUAGGCACAACUAGCUUUUCUUUGGAAAUGAUAGAUCCUGCCAGAAAGAUACAUCCUUUAUAUACUACUUUAAAAUUCCUUAUGUAAUAAUGUCAGUUUCAUGAUUGCAUAUUAAGCCCCUUGGGUUAAAUAAUAGAGAUUAUUGGUAGUAUUAAUAUAAGUAUUAAAAUGAAAUUUGAGUCCGCUAAUUGUAAGUUUAUAUUUUCAUUAUUGGAUGGUCCAAUACUGCUCUUCCCCAUCCUAAACAAGAUGUAUUGGGCCUUAUAUUUAUGGCUUGAUUUAAAAUACUUCUGCAUUGAAUGUCAGUGAGCAGUUAAUAUAUUAAGUGAUAACCACUUGGGGAAACUGGUUUAGGUAUGUUAUGGUUUGAAUUCUAGCUACUAUAUAAUGACAACAAUUUUAACUGAUACUUAGUAUUUAUGAUGUGCCAGACACAGUUCUAAAAACUUGAUGUGUUAACUCAUUUACUUUUCAUAAAACCUAGGAGAAAGAUACUUUGAGUAACCCCAUAUCACAGAUAAGGAAAUUGAGACACAAAGGAAAGGCUGCAAAAGGCAGAUCUAAGAUUUGAGCCCAGGCCUAGUCCUUAUUUAUUUUUUUUAAAUGGACUAUAAUUUGAGAAAACUAGAUUGAGGAGAUAUCCCAUUGAAAUUGUUCAGUCUUUGUGUAGAAACAGAAGGCCUGAUCUCAUUUUUGUUUUUAUUUAUGUCACUUAAAAUGAUCCCCCCCCCAUUUCCUUGAGAACUCUAUAUGUUACUUCUAAAGUGACAUACCUAACAGCUUCAAAAGGACUAAAUUACAGUUGAACCCAUGAUAGUUAGGAUCCUACUCAUACUUGAUGAGGAUCCUUACACAGUGCUUUAAUUUUGGGCUACAUAGUUCUACAAUUAUGGAGGAUCUACUGUGUGUCUGGCACUGUUAUCAAUAUUAGAGUAGGUCAUAUGAAGACUCAAGUGAAGACUGACACUUCACCUCUCUUUUUACUUAAGAUCUCUCUGCAUUUUGUUUUGUUUUGUUUUGAAGCCAAGUAAGCAAGAAGAAAAAUGACAGAUAAUGCUUCAGUGAGAAAGGAAAGGUGCUACAUAGAGUAUGAGCUGUUAAGUUUACAACCCAGGGAAAAGACCUGGGAACUAUUGUACUAUUCUCUUGAAAAUUUGGCCCAGUAAGCUGCUACAUCCAGUUCAACUAACAAAAUCCUGUAUACCACAGAGAAGAAUAAAGAAAACCAAACUGACAAACAUCCUUCUUUUAUUUAAGACCAAACUGCAGCUGGAAUACCCAGUACAGUUCUGCUUACUACACUUCAAGAAAGAUCUGAGAAAGCGGAAAAAGAACCAAAGAAGGGCAGUUCAAGCGACCAAAGGGUGGGUGGAAGGUGCUGCAGUAUGAAUACUGUACGAAUAUUUUGACUCUGGUCUGAAAAGAUAAAAGAAUGUUAUCGAAACUACAUGGAAUAAUUGAAGUCCCUUCAAGUUUGAAAGUAAGCAUUUUAGGACAAAUAAAAGGAAAUUCAACUUUG